AUGUCGCCAAGUGCUAUUCAAGAAAGCGUCGACCACGUCCCAGCUCUGACCCAGGGGACCACUCAGCCUCCGUCAGAAGCCGACUUCUCCACCUUCCGGUCCCUCGUCCCCCUUGUAGCUGACGACAAGAUCACCUACCUCAAUGCCUCCUACCAACCACCUUCCAACCUAGUCAUCCACGCUGCCAUGACGAAAUAUGCCUCUGAAGGACUCUACAGCCCCCACCCCAAGCCCCAGUGGCAAACCGCCGUCGAGGACACCCGUUCGCUCGUAGGACGGUAUAUCAACGCCGACCCAUCCUCAAUAGCCUUCACCCGCGACACCACAGAGGGCCUGGGCUACUUCAUCCGAAGCCUCAAGGUCGAGCCCGGCGACAACGUGGUCGUCCUGGACACAGAGCACCCCAACCACGUGUACGGGUGGAUGACCCUGCGCAAGGCCGGCGUCGAGGUCAGGCAGGUGCCCACCAUCCCCGAGGCCCAGCGGACCGGCAAGGUCACCGCCGCAACCGCCGAGACGUUCGCGCCGUACGUCGACGAGCGCACCCGCGCCAUCGGCCUCAGCUCCGUCAUGUUCCACAGCGGGCAGUGGAACGACGUCGCCGGCAUCAGCGCGGCGUUCAGGCCCCGCGGCAGCCACGUCCUGGCGGACCUCACGCAGCAGGUCGGCUUCGCCGAGGUCGACGUGCGGGCCCUGGGCGUCUCGGCGGCAGCCUUCAGCCUCCACAAGGGCCUCAACUGCCCGACGGGGUUCUCGGUCCUGUAUGUGGACCCGGACUUCAUCGCGAAGAACGAUCCGUCCCCUCCGAUUGCUGGCUACGGCGCCGUCAGCAACGUCCGGGCUGACCUGCUGGUCCCUCCCGAGGAGGUCGUGUACCACCCGACGGCGCGGCGGUACGAGCACUUGAACCUCAGCCUGGUCGGUGCAGCUGCUGCGAAGGCGUUCUUGACCCUCUACCUGGACUCCAUGGUCCCGAGGCGUGUGCAGGAGCACCUCUAUCGGCUUGGUGAUGUCCUGAGGGAACAGUGCAGUGCCAUAGGGGUGAAUAUUGUUGGGCCUGCCACGAGGAAAGAACACGCACCUCAUCUGUACAUCCUCGAUUUGCAUGAUCUGAGAUGGGUGGACCUGUUGAAAGAAAGCGGCAUAUUCGUCACACCCUAUCGUCUGGGCAUCAGGGUGUCGUUUGGCUUUUAUAACAACUCAUCGGACGUGAAGAAGCUUGCAACCGUUCUCAGGGCUGGAGUUGAUCAGGGUCUUCCUUUGCCAUAG